UAUAUUCAUCACUUCUGUACUAUAGCCAAAAUGGCCGCUGUUAUGAGAUAGAACCAAAUGCAAGUUCUGUGCUAUAUGCACACAAUUUUAAGGAUACAUCUACGAAAUGUCGACAAGUGCGGGGUCAAGCAGCACUGGUAACGGUGGCGGAAGCGGUGGCAGUAGCAGUAACAGUGACGGUAAUAACAGUGCCGGAGGACGCCGGAAUGGCAAUGGGAGUGGAACAGCUACGGGUGCAGAAGCCACCGUACCGAAGCCGGAAACAAAGGAAACAAAAUCAAAUCCCAAAAUAUCGAAAGCCUUAGGAACUUCUGCUAAACGAAUUCAAAAAGAGCUGGCGGAAAUUACGCUUGAUCCGCCACCAAAUUGCAGUGCUGGACCGAAGGGCGAUAAUCUUUAUGAAUGGGUAUCAACCAUUCUCGGUCCACCCGGAUCAGUUUAUGAAGGGGGAGUGUUUUUUCUAGAUAUACACUUUUCCCCAGAGUAUCCGUUCAAACCACCCAAGGUAACAUUCCGCACUAGGAUAUAUCAUUGCAACAUAAACAGUCAAGGUGUAAUCUGCUUGGAUAUUUUAAAAGAUAAUUGGUCACCAGCAUUGACCAUAUCAAAAGUGUUGCUAUCUAUUUGUUCCCUGCUGACAGACUGUAAUCCAGCUGAUCCGCUAGUUGGAAGUAUUGCGACCCAAUAUCUGCAAAAUAGAGAAGAGCACGAUCGAAUUGCUCGCCUGUGGACAAAACGAUAUGCUACGUGAUUUCAUUACUCUGGAGGUCUGUAUAUUUUUACGCGCAAUCGAUACUAAUUUAUGAAUCUAUUCGUAACAACAAAAUCAACCCUACAAUGUACUUCGCAAAGCUAAACGCAUCAUAGCCCGACUCAGUAAAAAAUAAUAAAAUAGAACGACGCACUUGUUAGUGCAAUCAGAGAGAGAUGAGAGGGGGAGGGAGAGGAUGGUUACGUUUGACGCGAAAUGAACUAUUCGUUUGCAAAAAUACUUCAUGCGGAUCAUACUUUGAUGAUCGAUGAACAAAACUUAAUAUUGAUGGAAGAGUUUCAAAAUUAAUUUUUAACUGGAAAAAAAGUAAUAAACACGGUUUGACAAGCUUAAUACCGGAAUACAACUGAGUUGGUUGCGAAGCCCGUUGAAAGAUAAUUCAUAAAAUAGUUUUAGACUGAGCAUCCACUCCUAAGUGAUAUGCUGUAUGAUUUUAUUAUCGGUUUUGUUUUUUUUUCUACUUCAACGCAUUGAACCAAUAGCGCAACAAAUCAUGCAUGCAACAAAGAUACGAAGUAAUGUUUUAAGUUUCAUUUAAGUGAAAUAAAUUUGAUUUGCAUUAGCAAGAAUUACCAAGUCUAGAUAAAGUCAGCCGAAAGUUACGAUUUGUGCAUUAAUUUAAAUCAAUCCGCUAAAGUCUAGCAAAAUAUGAUGAACUAAUUCGAACGGUAUCCCUAUUUCAUUCAGCCGUAAAGCAUCCACUUUCCAACUCCAAAUGUAUUGUUUUCCUACCAAGAAGAGGUUGAACCAACCUUAUUUUACAAGCAUGAAGUAGAAUCAGUACUGUGAUUACCAUCAUAAAGUUAACUUAAUUGAAUGAUUUUUGAUGUGUAUUUUACUGUGGGGCACGUUAUCAGUUCGUAACACUAUCCGGAUUCGUUUGUAUCGAGCUAUUCUUUAAGAACGCAUGCUACCGAGAGCAUAUACGAUCAGAAGAAAUAUUGUAAUACUAGUUAAGAUUUAGUUCUUUAUUACUGAGAUGACGCAUCGAACUCGAUCUCACUGUAAAUUUUACUUUAAAAACAACAACUGCAUAUGUUCUUUUUAGAGUUACAGUAGUAGUAACGUUUUAUUUGGUUCGUGUUCAUGUUCUACGCUGAUUCACAGAUGCCGCGAUCGUAUGUAAUGUGACACAAUAGCGGCAAAACGUUGUGAGUUGAUUGCAUCCUGAUCGUUCAAUUUAUUCUUCCGUUCUUGGUAACAUCGGUAACAUCGUGUUUAGUUAGUAAUAGGCUAAUAAUUUACAAAAUGCAAAAAAGGAAGGAGAACCAGCAAGUAGCUAUGUUUUAGCACGACCAGUGUUUUACCGGAAAACAUUAAAUUGGAAAUGUUUGUAUGUAUUGACUAGUUUGCGGUAUAACAAUAAACAAGAUCUAGAAGAAAAUGCAAACCACCAAGUCGAUUAGCACAUAAUUGGCACUUCAUAUUAUAAUAUCCGAAGUGUUGAACUCUGCAACGGAACCGAUUAUACGUUAAUAGACAUAACAGACAUAACUUACAAGACAAGCUAAGGUCCUUGAUAAUCUGUCUUCAUUUUCAGGAAACGUCUCUCUAAAACAUGCACCUAAACCUAAGGCAAAAUUGAUUACGGCGCUAUUGAAGUUACAGAUCCAUGCCCAGUCAUGAGUUAUGCCAUGCCGACCGAGAGUCGAAUAGCCAAAAUGGGAUCGAGAAUAAGAUUGUAUCGAGGAAAUGUCUUCGUAUUGCAGAUUAGACACUGAGCGUACUACUGUUUUCUGUAGUUGAAUUCGAUUUUUAACAACAUACUACAGGUGUCCUAAAUUAUGUCUUUUGUAAAUAUCAAACAACAUCAACAGAGAGAACAAUAGAUAAAAUAAGUUACCUUUUUAAAGCAAUUCAUUGUGUAAUGUCAACAAGUAAAGAAUGAAUACGAAAUCCGGUAAAGUUCAACUGAUUGGACCGGCGUAGGCGUAGGCUUUACCAAAACAUAAACUUUCCGAUGCAUGUGCAAUGAACAUGCAACAUGUGUGCUAAUAAUGUAAUAUGUACUAUUAAUGUAAGACUGUCUGAAUGUGUCGUUCGUAUGGCAACAGCCUAAAGCCUAACGCUUUUUAAUUAGUUAUGAUUGGUAGAGUUUUUGGUUAACACGUUUUAUUUCUUUCUGUGGAUACACACCAUCACUACGCCAUUAUCAGUUGAAAUCUCUAGCGGAUCGUUUUUCCUUUCGUCCCACCAGGGAUGAUUUUUUGAAUAACAAAAUUCCAAAUGCAAUUUAUUGCAAAUUUAUUUGUAUUCGUCAAUUAUUGUAUAAGUGCAGGGUUUAACCACGAAGUUCCUCGGUAACCGGCGUUACAGACGUAUAGAAUAUACCGGUGUAGAAAUAGCAGAAAUCAUUAAGAAACGGCAGUACAGUUAGCUUAUAUUCCAAUAAUUAAAGGGCUUGAGCAGCUUUAAAUGAAGCUGGUAAAAUAGUUUGGGACAGACGCUUAUGUUAAGAAGCAUUGGGACAGCUCAUGCGUCGUAUACCACGAAUUCCUCGCUCAAAACGAUUAAUGAAAAAAUACAGAAGCAGACAGAACAUUAAAAAAGGGAAUUCAAAAUUAAAACCAUGUUAAAUAUGUAAAAUUUUAGCAUACAAAAAAUGUGGUCGGGCGUGAACACGGAAUGGAUUUUAAAGAAACGGAAAACACACAUUUGUAAUGGAGUGCAGAUGAAAUUAAACACUUGCGUAUAAAUAAAACAGGAAACUACUAUAGGUGUAUAACAUAAAACGUUGGCCCACAUAUUUGGCCUUUGCGAGAAGAAAAUAAAAUUCCACACAUUCACAGACGCCUGCGAAACGUAAUGCCAUGCAAAUAUUUGUCAAAUGCCGGAUUGGUUUCAAUGACAUACGACCAGUACAAUUUUUCCGCGAUGAAUGCGAACAACGCCAGAGUGUAGCCGAGACCGAGCGCUACAAAGCCGGCGUACAUUUUCUUCAAAUCGAUCGUAGCCUCUUGCGGUGGUAGCUCCACGUUC